UACUCUGUUCUACACUUUUAGUGCACUCUUCGAACAGACCUACUAUCUGACAGAUCCACUAUCUGACAAGUUAAAUUUGUGGAUUGUGAAUGAGAACAAUAUGACAAAGUAAAUGCUAAAAGUCAAGAGAAAAACAAGCAACCAAAAACGUAAAGUCCUUCCAAACAGCAAUCAGAUUAUUUUGCAACAGACGUAUUUAGAAAAGUAUUCAUAACAAAAAAUCAGAAAUCAGAAAAAGUCUUCUCGAAGGCAAACCAAAAUGGUAUUGCGGUCGGGCAUAAUUAUCCCUUUUCAAUUCCGUGACAACAAGAAGCUGCUGAUGAUUGGGGUACCUGAGGAAAACCGUAAUCUGAACAUCUGGGAUUUGAGGAAUGUUGUGAGGGCAGCAUUUGGAAUUUAUAACUUUGAAUUUCGAAACAAGAAGAUUGGAUUCAAUAUUCCCGAUGAGUUGCUAUUGCACUAUUUAGCUCAACGUCAUGAUCUUACCAAUUUCGUUAUAGAAAUUGGUCAAGCUAAUCUAUGUGAGGUUUCACAAAAUAACGGAAUGAUGCAUUCGCCUUCAGCGGAAAGCUUUAUGGCGUCUGACGGUACCAUACGUUUACACGAAAAUGAUCACAUCCUGAACGUCAACAGACAAGAAUGUGGAUAUCUGUUUGAUAACAAACAACUCAAGUAUCCGAAAGUCAUAAAAGUUUGCGAUGCGCAAAGCAUUUUGUCUAAUGAUUAUGAAACACUAAAGAAGGAUCGUGCCCACCAAGAGUGCUCAGAACAAGUAUCAAGAUCUGAAUUGCAAUCAAUUACUGAUGAGCGUACAGAUCCCAAAACAGAACAGAGUGAGUGCGAAUUCGAACGACAGUAUGAAAUGAAAGUUGACGAUGACCAGGAUGAGCAG